UGUGGCAAUUCUCAAUGUAGGUUUUUGAAUCUUCAAGUUUAUAAAUGCUUGUGAAUGUUCUCAAAAUCCUACUAAAACCACUUUUGAAUUACCUCUUUGAAAAAUGUUUUUGCAGGUCUUACACCAUGAUACCAUUAAAUAUGUACUUACUAGGGAACACUAAAAUUACUGACAAAUUUUUUUGAGUGGUGAUGCACUAUUUUGUGCUGGGGAGGAAUGUUGAGCUCUGUGUGACCAAAUCUGGAAAUGUUUAGAUUCACAGGUUUGCACUUGCUAGGGCUGUAGGUCAUAGAGUAGUCUGGUGCUGGAAGUAGAAUAUAGAUCCUCAGUUUUCCCAUUCUGUAGCCAUGGGAAGCACCAGCACAGAGGAAGUCUCCUGUCUCCAUGUUCUCAGAAUCACAGGGUGGGUCAGGUUGGGAGCACCCACAGUGGGUCAUUCAGUGCAAGCUCCCUGCUCAAGCAGGGGCAGCUCCAGCAGGUUGGCCCCCAGCCUGUGCCGGUGCCUGGGGUUGUUCUUCCCAGGUGCAGGACCCUGCAUUUGCCUUUGUUGGAUUUCAGACAGCUCUUCCCUGCCCAUCUCUCCAGUCCUUCUCAAGGGCUGCACAGCCCUCUGGGUAUCAGCCACUUUAAAUGCCGUAAGGCUUCUAUGAGAUAUCCCUGGAGCCUUCUCUUAUCCAGUCUGAACAGCCUCAGCUCUUAGCCUUUCAUCCUAGGAGUGGUGCUUUAGUCCUUCACUGUCAGUGCAGUGGUGAGUAGAAAGACAAAGAAAUAGCUUUUUCAGCCCACUGUCUGCUGCACCAAUAAGUAGGACACAAGGGCUUUAGGGCAGUUGCUGGCUGUUUCACAAUGGCAUAAUGUUUGCUUUUUGCCUGUGUAUUGACUCUUCAUUCUGUGAAUUCACCACCUAGUGCUGACUUGUUUGUAUUUGAAAUGUCAGUGCUUAUGCUUUUAUUCAUUUUCUUGAAUUCUAGCAUGGUGACUGACGCUAAUGACAGGAAAUGAUUAAUGAAUGGGACCUUGCUGAGAAUGUGUCACAUUCUCAUGUUUGCAUGGAGCUAAUGACAUGCUGCAUUACUGGCUUUCAUACAUUUUCUGCCACUUGAAUUGUUGUAACACUAAAGUUUGUUACUUGGUCUGCAAUUCCAGUUUAUGGAUUUCAGCUCUUUGAUAAAAUGCUCCAGCGAGAGAGUUGUCAGCAGCUGCUAAUAAGCUAAUUGCUUUUAGUAAACUAUUUCCUUCACUACUUAAUUAUUUUUUAAGGUAUGAUAGACUCUUAAAAAAAUCUAUUCUGUCUCUUGUAGUUUUUUGAAAACCUUUGGUGGAAGAAUUAAGAUUGUAUUACAUGGAAAUGAAGAAGGGGAGGCUUCUGCAGGCUGCUCAGAGAGGGGAGAUGUGGUGGGGAGUUGAUAUUCCCUGAGGCAUCUUAUGGCAGACCAAACUGUGGUGUCUUUGCUCUGGCCUCCCUGAUACUGCUCUGAACAGCUACAGUCAGUGACAAAUUUUGCUUUACUUCAGUCUUGUAAGAUGGGAAUUUUUUUCUGUUUAAAAAUACCGGUAGGUUGUGCUGAAGCUCCGAAAAGGAUUUGAAAUGGCCGUAGUUGUACAUCAGGUUGCUGGAACUCUCAAAGAAAAUCUGGAUUGGGAUUUAGGUGUCGCAACUGGAUCACAAAAUGGUGCUUCCUCCUGCCCAGAGCUUCCCUGUUUGGUGCUACUUUGCUGCCCUUAUCUUGCAGCAAUAUUGGAAAAACCUGCCAGCGAGGUUUUGAGCUGGCUCGUUUGGCAAGUGUGGGCCACACCUCUGCUCCUCACAGCUGGAGCACAGCCCAGUCCUGCGCAAAACUUCGGAUGAGCCCGUGGCAAACAGCAGUUCGCAGCCGGGCGUCCGGGGACUCGCCUUGCUCUCUGGGUUUCCCUGUCAGAUUUUCUCCAGAGACAGCAGGACAUUUUCCCCAUGUUCCAUGAGGUGCUGCGGGGCCCAUUUCCACCCAGAGUGCUGCCUUUUCUGGCAGCAGUGCUUUUCCAAAGGAAGGAGAGGAAAGACACUGGCUUCUAUCACUGGCGGUGGGAAAAGCACCCUUACUACAACCUAACAGUGAAAGUCCUCAGAGCCAGAAACAUCAAGGGUACAGAUGUGUUGUCCAAGGCAGACUGCUAUGUGGAACUAAAGCUGCCCACUGCAUCUCCCAAUGUCUCCCGAACUCAGGUUGUUGACAACUCUGAGAACCCAGAAUGGAAUGAAACUUUCCAGUAUCGGAUCCAUAGCGCUGUCAAGAACAUUCUGGAGCUGACUCUCUAUGAUAAGGAUGUCCUUGUCAGUGAUGAGCUCACCUCUGUCAUCUUCGACGUGGGGGGCAUGAGGCCGGGGGAGCCCCUGCUGCGCACCUUCAGCCUGGACCCCGAGGCUAAUGAAGAGUUGGAUGUAGAGUUUUUCUUGGAGAAAUGCUCAGAUGCCCCUACAGAAGUACUGACCAACGGAGUCCUUGUGGUUCAUCCUUGCUUGUGUCUGCAAGGCACUGUCAACAAAGAGGAGAACGCAAAAGAGAAACAGCAAGGAUGUUGUGAGGUCAGGGUGUCUGUCCCAGGGGCAUAUCAAAAGCAGUUGUCUAUUCCUUGGACACCAGACAAUGAGAAGGAUUAUGGAACCUCGUUUGUCUUUCAUGUGGAUAAAGAAAUGUGUCCAGAACUGCAAGUGGAGUUGCAGCAAACCAUCUCUGUCCUACAGGAUGGCGUGAACCCUGAUAUUGAAAAGCACACUACAGUUCUGGGACUGGGGACUGUACCAGUUAAUUCCCUUCCUAUUGGAGAAAAAGUUGAUAGAAAAAUUUAUUUGGGAGAGGGACAAAGUUUGGAUAUAAGUUUGAAAACUGAAGAGAGCUCUUGGGAUCUUGAUAUACGUCUGGGUUUUGAUCUCUGUAAAGAGGAGAGAGAAUUUUUGGACAAAAGGAAGAAAGUAAUUUCUGAGGCACUGAGGAAGACUCUUCACUUAAAAGAAUCCCCUCCAAAAGAUGAGGUUCCAGUUGUAGCGGUGCUGGGCUCUGGAGGUGGGAUGAGGGCACUGACAUCCUUCUAUGGCAGCCUUGCUGGGCUGCAGCAGCUGGGCCUUCUGGAUGCUGCAAUAUACCUCUGUGGGAUUUCUGGCUCCACUUGGUGUUUGUCAACACUGUAUCGAGACCCUGACUGGUCACAGAAAGACCUUCAAGAUGCAAUCAGAAGAGCUCAGGACACUGUGUCGAGCAGCAAAGCAGGGGCAUUUUCCCCAGAACGACUGAAAUACUAUUUCCAGGAGCUGAACGCAAUGGAGAUCACUGGACGGAAGGUCUCCUUUACAGAUUUGUGGGGCCUUAUUGUGGAAUAUUUCCUACAACAAGAGGAAGAUCCAUCAAAGCUGUCUGAUCAGCAAGAAGCAGUGAAAUGGGCCCAGAACCCUUAUCCUAUCUAUGCAGCCGUCAAUGUGAGACCCAAUAUGAGCAGUGGUGACUUUGCAGAAUGGUGUGAGUUCACUCCCUAUGAAGUUGGAUUUCGCAAAUAUGGAGCUUUUGUUCGAACAGAGAAUUUUGACAGCGAGUUCUUCAUGGGACGGCUUGUCCAGAAACAUCCAGAGCCCAGGAUUUGUUUUCUACAAGGAAUGUGGGGCAGUGCCUUUGCUGCAAGCUUGGAUGAUAUCUGCCUGAAGGUGGUUGGUAUAGGACUGAGCUUUCUGGAUUCUUUUAAAGAUGUUAUCAAAGUUGUAGAUGACUGCCGAAGAUUCCAUUUCCGAGACCCAGCACGGCUGAAGACUCGCUUGGUUAUACCUGGGGGCCCGUUGCUACAAAUUUUUCAGGAUUUCUUCAAGUCCCGGGUCACAUGUGGAGAAACCUUCAACUUCAUGAAGGGAUUGUAUCUUCAUAAAGAUUAUGUUAACAUCAAGAAAUUUGUGACUUGGAGAGGUACUCACCUGGAUGCAUUUCCCAACCAGCUGACUCCCAUGGAAGAGAGCUUGUAUUUAGUGGAUGGUGGCUUUUCCAUCAACUCUCCCUUUCCUUUGGUACUUCAGCCAGAGAGGGAUGUGGAUGUUAUCUUGUCUUUCAAUUUUUCCUGGGAAGCUCCAUUUGAGGUUUUAGAGCUGACUCAGAAAUACUGUGAGGAGCGGGAAAUUCCUUUUCCAAAAAUCAAAUUUAGUGAGGAAGAUGUAAAGAAGCCAAAAGAGUGUUACAUGUUUGUGGAUGAUAAUAAUCCAAAGGCUCCAAUUGUACUCCAUUUCCCACUGGUGAAUGACACCUUCCAGAAAUACAAAGCUCCAGGAGUUGAACGUAAGUCAGAAGAAGAGAAAUCCUUUGGUGACUUUGUCAUUGAGUCGAAAGAUUCCCCUUACCGUACACUGAACUUCACCUUCGAGCCGUAUGAUUUCAGCAGGUUAGUGGAAGUGAAUCGCUACAAUGUUCUGAACAACAAGGACACUCUCCUCAAAGCCCUAAACUUGGCUCUGCAAAGGAGGAAGUUGAAGAAAGUCACCAAUAAGUCAAAUACAUGAGCAGUUUCCAAGGCUGAGGAUACAGAGAGGCUGCAGUGUACAAAAGCCAUGAGGUUCAAGACAGAAUACUCAUAGUGAAUAGCUGGAACUCUCUUCCUGGGGAGGGAGUAGUACACCUGACACUGAAAACUCACUCCAGGUUAUGUGCUCUGAUGAAAACUCAAGGGAUGUACAGUACAGCAUGGAUGUUGCUUCCUUGUGUGGUGAAGAGUGAGGAAUUACCUAGCUCAAUAUCUCAAAUCAGUGGCUGAUUCCAGAUGAUUUGAGAGGUCUGACCAAACUGUUCAAGCACCUGGAGAAUAAUCUUCCAGACUCUACUGAGUGAUGCACCUCUUUUUUGUCAAAGGUGUGUUGGAGUUUGAGGAAAUAGACUCCUUCUGUACUUCUGUCUCUUGCUUAUGAACCUCCCUUCAUGAACUUUUAUAAUUUGCGUCAUCUUAAGAAGAGCUCCACUGAUAAAAAUGACACACUGAGAGAGGAAAUGGCUCCUUCUGCUUUCACCUUGCUACUGGCUGAUGCCCAUGUGCUUUCAAGACCAAACAGUCAUUACCUGCUUACCAUUUUGCCAUUCAUGGUUUCAAUUUCCUUCCUACCCUUCUCAAGGAUUUUAAUGGCUCCCAGAAAUUCUAUGCAAAUUAUCUUAUUUUGGUAAAAAAUUUGCUUGGUAAACAAGGAAUAAAUGUUUUUUAUAUUUAACAAUAGAAACACAUUGUGGGAUUUUGUUAUUACUUCCUAUAGUUUGAUCAUCAUGAGAUGAUGAAAUUAUGAUGAAAAUGCCAUAAGUCUCAGCUUUCUUUUUCUGUGGAAGAGGAAGGAAGGCUCCUUUGAAGGGUUUGAAUUAGAUAUUUUUUCCUUACUCUUCAGCAUGUAAUUUGUGAUUAGCUCAGUUGCUGGUUGAGGCACUUUAAACACCUCAAAAGGAAGAAAAACAAAUACAGGAAGCAGUGUUUAAUCAGAAUUUGAUAUUGAUAUGACUUGGAUUUGAAAAAGGUAAUGAGAUCUAGAGGUGUUGGAGGUUGAAACAUUUCCAGUGGAAAAAGGGAAAUACUGUUGAACAAAGUUCUGAUAGGGUUUUAUGUAGAACUGUUUUAUGUUGGUAUGUCACCCAUAUUUGAGGAAAAUUAGCUCACAGCAGAGGCAUGGAUGAAUGAGUAUGUUUUGGAAAGGGAAAACCUGCCAUUUGAGAGGACACUGGAUGACUGUAGGUUAAUUUAUUUUCAUAGCAACAAUUGAGAUGAUGGACCCGUCUGUUCUACAUGAAAGCAACUUAGAGAAGGGAGAUAAAGCUAGAAGGCCAAUGGUGAUGUGAGAACAAAUAUAUUAAGGAAUAAACUGAGGCUGAACAUAAAAAUAAUGUUUCAGA